GCGACAUUGAGCUUGGCAGCAGGAAGAGUAAACAGUGCGGCCUCUCUGGAGGUCAGCCGUUGUAUGUGCUCAUGUACACGAGCAGGACUCGCAGUGGGAGCAGUACUACCCCUUCAGAUCAGGUGCGGAACAGAACGUCAUUUGUCGUUUAGUAGCAAUGUAAUGGCCUUGAGAGCUUCUCUUUUGGAGAUAGCUUUUUGACGUAGCCUGUGUAGGUCGUCGAAACUCAGAAUCGAAAUUCCGGAUUCGUCUCGUCGCAUUGCCUCAACCCCAGACUUUGCACAUCACAUGAAGCUGUUCUUACCGACCGUCAUCUGGCAUGGGCUUGGAGACUAUGGUGCAAGCGAAGGCAUCCAAUCCUUCGUCAGUGACAUCAGCAAUUACACAAACGCCUUCGCUUUUGCUGUCGACAUGGGUGGACGCGACAGCAGCUUCUUUGGCAAUGUCAACGCUCAAGUAGACAAACUCUGCGCGCAGCUCCCAAAUAUCCCAGAGUUGAAGGAUGGAUUCAACGCGAUUGGCUUCAGUCAGGGUGGACAGUUCUUGCGCGCCUAUGUACAACGCUGUAAUGAUCCGCCUGUGCGCAACCUCAUGACUUGGGGCAGCCAGCAUAGCGGUAUACAGGAAGUACCAUGCCAAGAAGACUCUGCCGUCUGCAAAUCUGCGCGCGCUCUUGUGCGUAGCAACGCGUUUGGCAUGUUUGUCCAAAGUCGCAUCAUACCAGCACAGUAUUACAAGGGCUUUGACCAGGCUGCCUAUCUGGAAGGCAGUCUGUUCCUUGCAGACAUCAAUAAUGAAAAGCCAGAAAAGAAUGCAACAUACAGCUCGAAUCUUGCGUCUCUGGAUAACUUCGUCAUGCUGCAGUUCGAGGACGAUGAAACCGUGAUUCCUAAAGCUUCAAGUUUGUUUCAGGAUGUCCAAGACGGCGACAUUGUACCUAUCGAAAGGACGACGUACUAUCUUGACUUGGGGCUUGACAAGCUAGCCAAGAAACGUGGUCUUCAUCAACACCAGGUCCCAGGGAAGCACAUGCAAAUACGCGAUAAAGACCUGUUCAAAUAUAUGGAUCGCUAUUUUGGCAAAAGGCACGACCUCAAAUGACAAUCUCAGGCCCAAGCCCACGGCGUGGUCCCUGAUAGUAUGUUCGCUUUGUUGAUCGUCGUUUGCCACUCGCAGUGAUGGCUGCAGUCGAGGCGGUGGCAAUGAAGAGCAGUGCAGCAAUGAUGUGAAAUGCAAAGAGUGCUUUCGAAAUCUAUCGUUAGCGGUGUUU